GUGGGCAGGCGGGGCGCUGCGGUGCGUCUCUAACGGGCGCAGGAGAAGCCGAGCGGGUCGGCGCGACGCGGGAGCCGCCGCCGGGGAGCGCGUGUCCGCGGCCGGCCAUGGACGGAAGAGAAGAUGCCGAGGGCGACGGGGCGUUCGCCGAGGCGCGCCGCUGGGUGGAGGCAGUCACCGGGAAAAGUUUUGGAAACAAGGGUUUUCGUGCUGCUUUGGAAAACGGAGUCCUGCUCUGCGAUCUAAUUAACAAGAUCAAACCUGGCGUCAUCAAAAAGAUUAAUCACCUGUCAACGCCAAUAGCCGGCCUGGAUAAUAUAAAUGUUUUUUUGAAAGCUUGUGAAAACCUUGGAUUAAAAGAAGCUCAGCUUUUUCAUCCGGGUGACCUUCAAGAUCUAUCCAAUCGAGUUACUGUCAAGCAAGAAGAAACCAACAGAAGAGUGAAAAAUGUUUUGAUAACAUUAUAUUGGCUGGGUCGAAAAGCUCACAGCAGCCCUUAUUACAAUGGCCCACACCUUAAUUUAAAAGCCUUUGAAAAAUUGUUAGGCCAAGCUUUGUCAAAGGCUCUUGGAGAAUCUAACAGUCCCAAGCGGAGUGGAAGGGAUAGUGGGUACGGCGAUAUUUGGUAUAUUGAACGUAGCGACUCCAUUUCUUCAUCUGCCAGCCAUAAGAGAGACGAUUCAUUUGAUAGCUUGGAUUCAUUUGGCUCAAGAUCUUCCGCCAGCCUUUCCUCAGACAUAACUCUAAAAGGUUGCAGUGAAGAUUGUGAAAGUGACACAGACUCUGAAACACGCAUAAGGAUGCAUGAUCCCGGUAAAGACGACAUGUCCUAUCGCAGGGUUUCCUUAAUUGAACCCAAGCCUGCUGCGGAGUUCAAUCGUUUUUUACCCGGCAAAACCAAAGCACCAACAUAUAUGCCAGCACCUUUGAGAAAGAAGAGAACAGAAAAGAAUGAAGACAACAGAAGAAGUUGGGCAAGUCCUGUAUUUACUGAGCCAGAUGGAACCUUCUCCAGUAACCAGAGGAGAGCUUUACAACGAGAGAUGGAAUUCAAGUCAACAGCUAACGUCCUUUCAGACUUCUCCAGCUAUUUUGAUGAGGAGGAGGAAGAAAAGACAAUAGGCACCCCAGACAUUGAAACAGAUGACCUUUAUGUUCGCAAAAUAAAUGCUGCAGUGUCAAACAUAAAAGAUGCCUCUCAUAAGUUUCUUCCCAAGUCUUGGACUCCUGGAGAAGAAUUACACUGGAAAAAAGCUGACAGGAUAUCUUUUUCCAAAAAAUGGUAUAUGGACAUUCAAGGAUUCAGUAAAAAAAAAGAUUCUGAAGAGCAAGCUGUGGAAGUCCAGCCAAGCAAUUUCAUCUUUGAUAGUUUGGAUAACGCUUGCAGAGGGGAUCCGAACUUCCUUAAAAGAGCAGCUGAAGGCACGGAGCAGUCACCGUCACAAGCUGCAGAAGGAAAUAUCAGCAGCUCUUCUGAUCUACCCAGUCAGUUUUUAUUUCUCCGGGCCCUGCAAAAAUGUUCUGAUGACUACCUGUCCUCCGAAACUAGGACCAAAAUUGAUCCUUCUUCAGGCCCUAGGCUCAUAACAUGCAGAAAAAGCAAUUAUUUUAGGCCUGGGUACGACCAAAGGGACACUGAAAAUGGAGGCUUCUAUCCAGAUUUGGAGAAUGAUGAUUUGUUUGUUCGUAAGACUGGUGCGUCCCAUGUGAAUCCAGUAGUUCUCCAAGAUUUUGAGUAUCUUAGGCAGUCCUAUAAGCGAGGUCCUCGCUUAGAAGGGGAAAUAGUUCUGCAGCCCAGAGAUGGUGAACCGGUAAUUCCAGAUUUAGAAAAAGAUGAUCUGACGGUCCGUAAGGCUCAGCUACAGAACAGAGACGUGCCCUUGUCGGGUGCCCCUGAUCGAUACCAGGCUGCUCUUUUUCCGGAUCCUUGGAGUCUUCCACCAGAAAUCCAGGCCAAAUUUCUUUGUUUGCUUGAGAAGAAGACAACCUCAACCAAUGAAAGCGGUGGAAAGGUCUUACUACCCUCUUCCUGCCAAAAGAAGGAUGAUAUGCUGGCCCGCAAGAUAGAACUGCUAAAAGUGGGCAUUCAUACGCAGCCAACCAGCUUUUCCCCAGGAACAUGCAGCAAAGAAGAUCUAGAAAAGUGGGAGGCUAUCAGAGAGGCCAGCAAAAUCAAGCACAAGAAACGACAGAUGGUGGAAAGGCUGUUUCAAAAGCUUUCUGAUGAGCAUGGGAGUAAAUCCCUGAAUGAUGUCAGUGCAGAAGAGCUACAAACUAUUCGUCAAGUGCGUUAUGAAGAGCUACAGAGAAUAAAGUCGCAGCUACAGGAGCAAGAUCAACAAUGGCAAGAAGAUCUGGCAAAAUGGAAGAGCCGCCGCAAGAGUUACACUUCUGAUUUGCAGAAGAAAAAAGAAGAGAGAGAAGAAAUUGAGCGGAGAACUUCUGAGAGUUCUGAGAGACGCAUCAAAUCGUUGAAACAAAUGCAGAAGGACAGAGAGGACAGAGAUCAAGGGCUGUACAGUGGUGGUAGCCGGCAGCAAGCAGGACCCAGGUAUUUGUCGAAUGACAGUGUGUUCAACGAAGAGCAAAUGACUUCCGGACCAUCAAAAGAUCACCCUGUUGAAAAUGAUGCUGCCAUCUGUUUGCUGAAGAGCGAAGAAAAUGGUAAAGAGAGUGAUCGAAAAACAGAGACCGUAGCAAGCGUUGAAACUCCAGUUCCACCUAAAAGCACGAGAGAAGAAAAGAGUCAGCCCCCUUUGUCAGCUUACUAUUCAGUCAGUGCCCCAAUUGGGUCAGCUCGGGUUUCAGCUUCUCUCCCAAGAACUUACUCGAAAACUGAUACUGCCAGGCUAACAUCUGUGGUUACACCAAGACCUUUUGGUGUGCAUUCAAGAGGAAUCUCAUCACUUCCCAGGUCGUUCACGAUGGAUGAUGCCUCAAAACAUAAUGGAGAAGUAGACGCAUCCAAGAGAACUCAACGUACAUUCACCAGCAAUUUGUUUUCUAAAGCGGAGGCUGAGAAAAGCCCGUCUCCGAAUAACUUAAGAAAUGCCGAGGAGGACAAGUCUAGGACAAGAGAUCCACUUGCAGAGAAUGCUACUUCUCCCUACCAACCUGCAGAUACUGUUCAUCUUGGCCCUAAAUCAGAGCAAGACUUGAUUACAGCUGUAUCUUCAGCAGUGGAAGAGAGAAGUCUUCAAGAGACGGCGGCUUCAAGGGUACAAGGCCAGUUCAGUGAUAUGAGAAUCAGUAUAAACCAGAAACCAGGAAGCAGUCGGAACUUUGGGUUCACUACGCACUGGAAUCCUUCUGGGGUCUUUGUCAAGUCCAUAGAUGAAGGCAGCCCUGCAGAAUUUUGCCAGUUGAACGUGGAUGACGAAAUCCUGUCCAUCAAUGGCACGAAAGUCUUGCAUAUGGACCAGAGUCAAUGGGAAGAAGCCAUCAGAGGUGCACUAGAAACUGGAAACCUCCUCAUGGAUGUUAGGCGAUACGGGAAGACGGACUGGGGCAAAGACCAGCCUUCCCUGCCGUAUGAAAGGCACAAAAUCCUCAAUCUCACCAGUAUGGCUACCGACAUUAUAGGUACACCAGAAAGCAAAUGGAUUGAUGCGACAUCUGGCGACCACACUUCAGCCAAAGGUCCAAAUAUAUCAGAACCAAAAGACUUAUCCAGCAGUUUCCAGAAUGAGGACAUAGAAACAAAAGUCAAUGGAAUGCAAGGGGACACGACGAGUAACAGUGAGCAAAAAGACACAGAACCUAUUUCUUUGAAAAACUUAAAAAGGCGAUCACAGUUUUUUGAACAAGGAGGCUCAGAACCUGCAAUACCUGAUCUCCCAGUUCCACCCAUAAGUGCUUCUAGCCGCUGGGCUUGGGAUCAAGAAAAAGAGAGGAAGAGACAGGAAAAAUGGCAGGCAGAACAGGAACGUCUGCUUCAGGAGAAAUACCAACGUGAGCAGGAGAAGCUGAAGGAAGAAUGGCUGAAAGCACAGCAAGAGGUUGAGAAGGAGAGCUCUCAAUACUUAACUGAGGAGCAAACUGUAUGGAAGUCAGAUGCUGUGUCCGUAACUGCUCAGGAGCCACCUGCUUCUCAGUGGGAAACAAAUGAAAACGGUAAAGUUGACUGUUAUGACACCAGCAGACGAUGGGAAGAGGAAAGGGAACAGCAGGAUAAGGAAGAAGAAAGGAAACGCCUCCAGGAAGAGCGGAGACGCCAGGAAGAGCAGAGACGCCAGGAAGAGCAGAGACUCCAGGAAGAAGCUGCUUUGCAGGUGGAACAAGAGAGGAAACUCCAGGAACUGCAGCUUGAGGAGGGACAAAAUGGAAGGGACACCUACUAUGCUGAGGAACCAAAGCCCCCGGAAGAAGUAGAACAGAAACCGCAGGUGGUGGAACAACUCAGGGAUAUUCCAGUCCAGAGGCCCCAGUAUCAAAGACAUUAUGAUACAUCAAGAAACUCUGAGCAUCCAGGCUGCUUCAGUGCUGACAAAAAUAAAUCCAGAUCGACUCCUGAUCUAGAUGAUCAUCAUGUGAACAGGAAUGGGAUGAAGAACAAAUAUUCAGAGCAGUCCUGGAAUACGAGUGACUCACAGAGAAGAUCUCAGAAAGAGCAUGGCUUGUCCCCUGCAGAGCAGGAAAGACAGCAGAUCCUUCAGGAAAUGAGAAAGAAGACAUCUCUGCACACAGACAGCAGCUGGAUCAGGCAGCGAAGUUCCAGCAUGCAUAAAGAGUCUGUCAGUCUACCUGGGAGUAAAAUGAGGAGAGGUGAGAGUUUAGAUAAUCUGGAUUCUUCGAGAACGCAUUCUUGGAGGAAUCAUUCUUGGAUGAAUCAAUCUGCAUCUUCAACAUCUUUGUCAUCAAGUCAAGAUUUUGGUCCUCAUGCGCCUCCAGUGGUGUCCACUUCAAACCGUGCCUACAUGCGCACUCCCUCUUCCAGCCUGCCGUCGUCUUCAGCCGGUUCUAUGAAAGCUUCAUCUUUGCCUCACAUUCUCCCAUCUGCUCCAUCUCCUGUUCCCCAUUCUCAGUCCCUAACCUCGCCUUCCCAGUCUGGAACCCACCAGCGCAACAGUGCGUUGGUUGCGAGUGCGACCUUGGGGGGUCCCAGACUGGAACUGAAGUCCGCAUCCGAAACAAUGAGCUCUUCUGCAAUGACUGCUAUCUCAGAUUUAAAACUGGACAGCCAACCAUUAUGUGAUAGCAACCUAAAUACGAGAACACUUCUACAGAUAACGGAGGAGGCUGCUGCUGUAGAUCUAUAAAUAUAUAUAUUGCGUGUGGUUUUUUAAAAAAUUAUAUAUUUUUGCCUGUCUAGAUUAUGUAGAAAAUGCAUUGUAUCCGUUGAAGUUAACAUUUAGUUAUUUAUAAGCAAGUAAUCACAGUAAAACUCGUCUGGAUAAAACACACAUACACACACACUGUUCAAUUUACUCUCUCAUUCCUAUACCUUCCAGUGAGAAAUCUUCUGGUAGUAAAUGCAUCAAGAAUGUUGGAAGCUAAUAUAAAAUAGCUUUAAUUUUUCAAUUAUGUAUGAAGAGGCUAUUUUUGCUCUUUAAUGAGCAUCAUUGAAAUAAUAAAUACGGAUUUGUAACUGCAAUUUCUAUUUUUGAUGUAUAUGCUCCAGGGUUCCGCAGAAUAUUAUGAAAUUGCGUUUAAAGACGCACAGUGGUGGUUGCUGUCUGUAUUUCAGUUUCUAAGCCUUAAGUCGUAUUAUACUUUUAAAGACUAAAAUAUAAAACUUCAGGCUGUUUGCUUGGGGUUCAGGAUUUCAUUGUGUUUGAACAGUUAAAUCUGAUGGGGGGAAAUUGUUCGUGAGAGUUUUUGCCUUUUCAGGUUUGAAAAACGGAGCUCUGCUUGUACCUCAAACAAGUAAAUAAGGCUGAAGAUUUGUUUUCCUCCUGUUGACUUAUUUUGUAUUUGUAAAUAAAGUUGCUGAAGCUGCACUUAAA